GGAUGCUUCUCAUCUUACCUGUGAAAAGGUCCAGCCACAUGGAGUGCCAGUGCAGCAGGGCUGAAGAUCAUCUCUAACAGAAUUAGAGCUAGAUCAUGACUUCUCAGCUCUUCAUAAUUAAAUUGAGCAGGGCUGCAGGCUCUGUUCCUGCCUGGUUGCUGUCCUGUCUGUGAUGCAUAUUUCUGGGAUACCACCGGAGAGUUUGACAGUAGUACAGGCCAGAAGAAGAAAUCUCUGAGCUGCCUCCGCGGGCGGUUUGUCACCGUGUGACCCUGCCAGAAGGCCACCAUGCAGCAGCCACCGCAGCCCGUCCCUCCAGGGGCGGCUCCUCCUCCUCCCGCCGGCGUGGCUCGCAACAUGUACUGGAGGAACAGCCCCCUCGGCAAGCGGGCAAACGCCGCAGCUGCGCCGGUGCAGCCCGUGACAGACCCGUUUGCCUUCGGCAGGCAAACCCCGCAGGGCUCCCCUUUGGAUAAUCCACCCAAGGGCAGCGCACCGGCGUUCCCACAGCCAGCCCUCGUGCAUCCGCCGCCCGCCCGCGCCGGGGACAGCCCUCAUGGACCACACACCUCUCUGUCAGCUCCCGUGUCUCAGGCAGGGAUAAGCACCAGUAGCUUUUCCAAUGUUCCAGUUCCUCCUCCGUCCCUGGGGUAUGUUAUAAAUAGUGCUGCAGAAGGGCGUCCCAACGCCGAUCUCGGACUCCGUGGGCAUUAUAACCCAGGAGCAGCAGUGGAAAAUUCUUUCAGUGUGCAUCCUGGAAUGGUGUCUGCAGCGAGCAAACCUGGAGCUAGACAGGAUGUUGGCAGAGAUCCAAAUGAUGCAGCUUCAGCACCCAGCACAGCAGCACUCUUCCCACCACCUCCCCAGCAGCCUGGGCCCCAGUGGAGGCCUGUCCCAGGGAAUCUGCAGUCUCCAGUUCGGAAUUUUGUGCCCUAUCCUGAGCCGUCUCCUCAGACUGACGUUCAUAACGUUUCUCAGCCUUCGGUCAGCACGUCUCACCCUCCUCCUCACGCCCCUGUCCCACAGGGUCCUGGACACCAAGGUGUUCCACAAAACAUCGUGCAAGCGCCUUUAUCCGCUGGCUGUGAGAAGAAUGGCAAAAACGGCCCUGCAAACAGCAGUCAUCACAUGAACAGCAUCCAGCCUGGAAAUGUGUUUAGGCAGAACACAGAAAUGACUAACCCUUGGUCAAACCAACCUUACCAGGAACAGUUUUACGCACAGCCACCUUUGCAAGACUCCGGUUUUGUCCUUCCCACAGCUCAGGAAAACAACCCCAAAAACCAGUCUCCAGCUAUGUCUGAAACGUCAAAUAGGUCUAUUCCCACAGAUCGAGAUCCAGGAACUCUCUCCAUGUUUUUCAAAGGGGACGAGGCAGAAAAUGAAGAAAUACUUUCAUCUGAAAAAAAAUAUGUAAUGGAGAAAACAGAGUUUGAUGCCUGUCAGCAAAAUUCAGCCUCCCUGUAUCACCAGCCUGUGCAUCCUCAGCAGGUAGCAACCAAUAUUCUCUCUCAGGCACAGCUGGGUACAGCUGGUGAGAUGGUACAGAAAGGAAUGGAUGUCCAGUACUUCCCUAAACUUGUCAGCCAUCAGGAGGCACAGGCUGCUAAGCACUCUCUGUUUGCUGGUGAUGGCAAGGCACAGAUAGGUGACACAGCUGCUGGGUCCCAGUACGAAAAUGUGGAGAACCUGGAAUGCAUUCAGAAUCAGGAAGUGCUGCCAAGCGAACCACAGAACAUCAACGCUUCAUCCCCUGCUGCCGGUCCCGAUCCGUACAGGUACGGAUCCUUCCCGGGUCAGAUGCUUCCCAAGAAUGCUGCUGUGAGCCAUGCUGAAGGAGGACCAAACCUGGAGGCACCUGAUUCCUUACCUCACCCUGCCCGGCCAGACAGCGUCUCUUCCAACUACAGCAGCAUCAGCCACAGGAGCGCUUCCAGCUCGGCACGGCCCCCAGAGCAAGUCGGUACAUUUAUCCAGCAGGAAAUUGGGAAGCCUGAUGAGGAAUCCUCUGCCAGCUUCUUCAAACAGAUUGACUCCUCUCCUCUGGGAGGUGAUUCAGGUGAGCUAAACCUGAGCAAGAACUACCACGGCAAUCUAUCCCAGCCUCCCACUCCAAGUCCUCCUAAGCCUACAGGAGUGUUUCAGACAAGUGCAAAUAGUUCUUUUGAACCUGUGAGGUCCCAUGGCGUUGGUAUAAAACCUGCAGAGAUUGACCAAGCAAAGAUGGUGGUUGAAUUAAGAGAGAACCAUUCGAACCAAAAGAAUAUCAAGAAGAACACAGCGGGGCCUGCUGCAUCCCCUGGCAAUCUUGAACAGCCACCAGAUAAUCUGGAAACAAUUUACAUGCCUCAGGUACACCCAGGGCCUCUUGCAGGCGCUGGGGAGGCUGGAAACACGCUGCACUCUGGACCUGUUGUGGAAAAUGUACAAUCGGUAUCUGAGAGACGAUCCUCAACCAGAGCUCAGGGAGCAGUUAAGAAGUGUGAUAGCCCAGCAACAACUUUAUGGGCUCACAAUGAGUUACCAAAUUUUGGGGGAAAUGUUCUCCUAGCUCCUGCUGCUCCUGCAGUGUACGUACCUGCCAAACAGACUGUGGAAGUCAUUCAGCCACCAGAGGAAGGCCUGUCUAAUCAGCAGCCAUGUAAACCAGGGACUAUUGCUGUGCAGCACUCCCAGGAUGGAAAUAUAGCUUUUGAAAAUCUUGAGAAUCCUCCCAAAAUGGGAGAAGAGGAAGCACUUCAGUCUCAGGCAAGUUCUGGUUAUGCAAGUUUAUUGUCUUCUCCACCUACAGAGUCUUUGCAAAAUCAGCCUAUCCUGAUUGCUCAGCCUAAUCAAAGCUAUAACUUGGCUCAGCCAAUUAAUUUUUCUAUUUCUCUAUCUAAUCAGCUAAGCAACAAUGAAAACAAUCAGCCAAUGAAGGACUCUGGAGUUGGGGACAAGCCUGCGAUGGGUCCCCAAAGUUCACAUGCUGGUGGGGAAAACAUGCCAUUACCUGUGAUGCAAGUUGGAUCUCUCUUAGUUAAUGCACUUCCAAAUACUAACCUGUUAAAACAUAAUUUAUUACAAAGUCCUGUUAAUUCUUCUGAUGCUGCUUCUAAUCAGCCUGCAAAUUUGCUUAUGAAAACUCCUCUUAAUUUGACUCCAGAAGGGCAAAAGAAUGUUCAUGUGGAAGGCCUUGUUCCUGAAUUUGCUAGCAAGCCAGGAUCUAACUCAUCUGUUUCUCCUGGGACAAAUCUUCCCAGUGGAAGUGCAAGUGGCCUAGUCCCCCCUGUUAAUUCCGUAGCACAGGCUAAUAAUUCUGCAAAUCAGUCAAGUAGCAAAGAAGCUGCUGGAGUGCUGGACUUCACAGUGCCACGGACGUUGGAGAAAAGCAGCACAAGUAAUUCUGUCCAGGUGCACAAUCAGUCACCCUCUGGUGCUCCAAUCCAGCAGGCGGCCGGUGGUGCUGGUCAGGUGCGUCCCGAGGUGCCUGACAAACAACAUUUCUAUCAACAGGUGACAAAAGAUGUGCAGCACCAGGCUGCAGCAGACCGAGCUGCACAGGGAGCGCUGCCACCCCAGCCACAAAUGCAAGCGGCUCAAAUGCAGCCACCAACAUCUGGGCAGCCCUCAGUUCCUCCAGACUCCCACAUUCCCACAGGCGCUAAAGCCCUGCAGCAGGGGGAGAACCAGGUGCUGGGUAGCCAUCCCCAGCCAGGGGGGCCCCAAGAGGCAGGUUCAGCCCAGCCAAGGUACGACCAGACGAGUCCCGGGAAGCAGCCGGUGUCAGAACAGCCUCCAGGUGCUCCAGCUGCCGCAGCCUCUCCUGCCACCACUGCUCAGGCAGUCCCACCCAACGGGCAGCAAGACCUGCAGCGUCCACCCCCUCCUCAGACCCCUCAGGAAGCCUUUGGUCCACCCCAGAAUCCUUACUACUACUACAGACAUCCUUACGAUGCUUACCAGGCCCCAUAUCCACCACCUUAUCCUCCUGCAGACCCCAGGACAGCAGCUCACCUUUAUUACAUGGAGGACAGCUAUGGGCAGUACGACCCCCGGUACCGACACUACGACAGCAGCACUGCCUACAUGGAGCCCGGGAGUUACCGCUACCCCGAGCCUGAACGGCCCAGCUCCAGGGCCAGCCACUGCUCCGACAGACCUUCCUCCAGGCAAGGGUAUACAGAAGAUUAUUAUGGAAAAGGUGGAUGGAGUGAUUAUUAUUCAGGCUAUUACCCAAACUCCUAUGAUUAUGGAGAUCCAAGUCGCUGGGAACGAUACCCAUAUGACCCCAGGUACAGAGACCCGAGGAGUUAUGACCAGAGGUACUGGUAUGAUGCUGAACACAACCCUUACCAGAAGAGAGAAGCAUAUCCAUAUGGCAGCAGGAAUGACCGAUACGAGGAUAACUGGAGGUACGAUCCCCGUUUCACCGGGAGCUUUGACGAUGACUCGGAGCCGCACAGGGAUCCCUACGGGGACGACUUUGACCGGCGCAGCGUCCACAGCGAGCACUCGGGCCACAGCCUGCGCAGCUCCCGCAGCGUCCACAGCCACCACAGCAGCUUCAGCUCUCGCUCCCAGCAGAGCCAGCUCUACAGGAGCAAUCACGAUCUAACGGGCAAUGCCUAUGAAACUCCUGCGCAGGCAGUGCACGCAGAGUAUCCCUACGGAGGGUAUGACCCCAGCUUUGAUGGACAGCAGCCUUUCACAGACUAUGGCUACCCUGCUGAAACAGGCUGGUCAGCUGUGGAGCAAGCACCUUUAAGGCCCUCAACACCUGAGAAAUUUUCAGUGCCUCAUAUCUGUGCCAGGUUUGGGCCUGGGGGCUUCUUAAUAAAAGCACUGCCAAACCUGCCUUCUGAGGGUCAGCCAGCUCUGGUUGAAAUCCACAGCAUGGAGACUAUGUUACAACAUUCUCCAGAGCAAGAAGAGAUGAGAGCCUUUCCUGGUCCUCUUGCUAAGGAUGAGACCCAUAAAGUGGAUGUUAUUAAUUUUGCACAAAGUAAAGCUGCUCAGUGCUUUAAGAAUGAAAAUUUAAUUGACAAAGAAUCUGCAAGUCUUCUUUGGGACUUUAUUGUACUGUUGUGCAGGCAGAAUGGGACUGUUGUGGGAACAGACCUGGCUGAACUUCUGCUCCGAGAUCACAAAACGGUGUGGCUUCCUGGGAAGUCCCCUAAUGAGGCAAAUUUGAUUGAUUUCACUAAUGAGGCUUUGGAACAAGUGGAAGAGGAAUCUGGUGAAGCCCAGCUCUCGUUUCUCACUGAUAAUCUUGUAACCACUGUUGACAGUUUUGAGAAGGAGACUGAGAGAUUCAGGGAGUUGCUGCUUUAUGGCCGUAAGAAAGAUGCUUUGGAGUCUGCCAUGAAACAUGGUUUGUGGGGUCAUGCUCUGCUCCUUGCCAGCAAAAUGGACAACAGAACACAUGCAAGAGUGAUGACCAGAUUUGCCAACAGUCUCCCAAUUAAUGACCCUCUGCAGACUGUUUAUCAGCUCAUGUCUGGAAGGAUGCCAGCUGCAUCCACGUGCUGUGGAGAUGAGAAAUGGGGAGACUGGAGGCCUCACCUAGCAAUGGUGUUAUCCAACUUAACCAAUAACGUGGACUUGGAAUCCAGGACCAUUGCAACCAUGGGAGACACUCUUGCUUCUAAAGGCCUGCUGGAUGCUGCUCAUUUUUGUUACCUUAUGGCCCAAGUUGGGUUUGGAGUUUACACAAGGAAGACAACAAAGCUUGUCCUAAUUGGAUCAAAUCACAGCUUGCCAUUUUUAAAGUUUGCCACCAAUGAAGCCAUUCAAAGAACAGAAGCCUAUGAGUAUGCACAGUCACUAGGAAGUCAGCCUGGCUGCUUGCCCAAUUUCCAGGUUUUCAAGUUCAUCUAUGCCUGUCGGCUGGCUGAGAUGGGCCUUGCUGCCCAGGCUUUCCACUACUGUGAAGUGAUUUCCAGAACUGUCCUCAAAGAUCCACAUUACUAUUCCCCUGUGUUGAUUGGCCAGCUAAUCCAGAUGUCAUCCCAGCUGCGCCUGUUUGACCCUCAGAUAAAAGAAAAACCAGAGCAGGAAUCUUUUAUUGAACCCCCCUGGUUGGUGACACUUCGACAUGUGGAUGGACAGAUCAAGGAGGGUGCAAUAGCCUAUAACACAGACAGAUCCACUCCCCCUCCCUACGAAUGCAGCACUCCCAGCUCUGAACUGGACCGUGCCAGUCAGUGUGAUGGGGCAGGUGGCCGUGAUGUGGGGCCAGGUGCUGAAAAUGCCUUGCUGGCAUCCUUGUUACCCAGUAUGGCUCAACAGAUGCAGAGCGUGCAGCUGAUGCCUUCAGUACCUCAGGCUGUCCUUGAUGGCUCAGCUGCCAUGAUUCCUCCUGGUGACCAGGGAAGUGUCCCCUUCUACCCAGUGGCUCCUCAGCCUCUUGCUCCAGGACCUGGCUUUCCACCUCAAGGAUUUUCAAAUCCCUAUGGAACUGAACCAUCACCACUAUAUUUAGGGACAACACUACCCCCAGGAGGGCCACCACAAGAAAUGGAACCACAGCCAGAAGAACAGACAAACCUGGAAACAGGAAUGCAGAGAAUUGCCCCGGAGUCUCCUUCACAAAACUCCUUCCCUGAACAGAGAGAGGAUGAUUUCUAUGGCAGAAUGGCUAACAUGGGCUAUGGGCGAAGGUCCCGAACAACCUCAGAGUCCUCUGCUCAUUCUGUGGGACGAGAGAGAUCCAACUCUGCAGCAAAACAACCCUCUCCUCCUCCCUCUGCUCCUGCAGGGAAAGAGACUAAAAAAGAAACAAAAAAGGAGGCAGCACCCAGAAAGACUGGUGGAACCUGGUUUCGCUGGCUGAUGGGAAAAGGAAAGAAUGAGGCUCACCUGCCAGAUGACAAGAAUAAAUCAAUUGUUUGGGAUGAGCAGAAACAACGUUGGGUUAAUCUGGAUGAACCAGAAGAAGAGAGUAAACCUCCUCCACCACCUCCAACAGGAUUUCCUAAAGCUGCUCAGGCUGCUCCCCCUGGGCCUGGAGGCCCACCUGGUGCCUCUGUCAACGUGUUCUCCAGGAGAGCAGCUGGAAGCAGAGCCCGUUAUGUGGAUGUCCUGAAUCCAGGAGGAACCAAGGCAAGUGGUGCUGUUCCUGCACCAUCAGACCUGUUUGCCCCCCUGGCACCAAUGCCCAUUCCUGCCAACGUGUUUGUUCCAAACUCAGUUCCAGGGGAAUCCCAGCCCGUGGAGGGGAGUGGAGCAGCAGAGCACACACCAGCUGCAAACCAAACCAGCACAGACCCUGCUGCAGCUGUGGAGCCAGAGUACUUAAACCCUGCAGCCCUUCCUCCUGGAUCUGGACUUCAUGUUCCUAACCCUGAUGGCUCCCAGUCAGGCGAGCUUUCGCGCUCUAGUUCAAUGAGUUCAUUAUCACGUGAAGUAAGCCAGCAUUUUAAUCAGCCUGCCACUGUUCCACCCUCGGGGGCACCUUCAGCAGGGGCGGUACCGUUCUACAACCCCUCUCAAUUUGCACAAUCUCCUGCAGCCACUGGAAGUUCAAGACUGGGAAGAAUUGGACAGAGGAAGUAUCCAACAUUGAAGUAGAAUACAAUGGCUUUGUAUUUGGAAUCCUUACUCACGUUCUGAGUAUGCAAAGAGCUACUCAGCCUUACAGCACGUGGUAUCAGCUGCAGUUGACAUGACAGAAAUCUAAUGAUGGGUGAUUUUUUCAUGCUUGCACCUCAUCUACGCAAACCAUUACCAAACAUGAAAUAUAUGUAACUUUUCCUUUUCAAAACCUGGCUAGAAAUAGCUUUGCUGUGAUAAAGAAUAGGCACAAGAGAGGAAAUAGUUGCUGUCUGUUACAAAACCUGUUUGUAAAUUGCAUAGGCAAUUUAUUCCUUAAGUUUAUUUUAAACCUUACUAGCGUGACCUUCCGAGGCAUAAUUUCAGGGAUUCCUUAAUUUCUGAAGGAUGCUCCCCUCCCAGCAGGGGUAAAAAAAAAAAACAAGCAAACAUGUCCACAUUGUAAGAUAACACUGUGGCCUUAAGAGGACCAUGCACAAUCGUGAUGCUUUCAGCCAGAGUGUGGAACCAGAGAUGUUCCCCUGGGAGAGGCUCACCCAGGAGCUGCCUCGUGCUGGUUUGGUUUUUGGGAGCCGGGAGGGGGCCACAGCUCAUCCAAAUAAAUCGACCUAUAUUGAAUGAAAACUGUGACUGUAAUCUAAUCCUGAUUUGAUUUGGAUCUUUCCUAGUCUGUAUGUAGUUUGUGGUUUAGACUACCUGUAAAGCCAAGUGUAUAGUGGGAAGGAGCUCUGUAUCAUAGCCAACGCUGUUCUCUUGACGAGUGAGUGUUUGUUUAAGUGCAAUACGGUUACUUUGCUUUCUCUCAAACUGCUGGCACUCUGCAGCCGGGGGGUAACAGCUUGAAAGUUGCUUAUUUUUUCCUUUUGGGAGUGCCAGAAUCAGUGUAAUACGCCGUUCUUGAAUCUCCCUUACUAAAAUAACCAAGGUCUUAAAUAGCUAACAGCUAAAUUUCAUACUAAAAGUAGACGGAUUAGACCUCUAGAGAUGGACUUCAAAAUCUUUAGGUUUAAUAUAGGAAAUCUUGAAAACCAUGGUAUGCAGUGUUUAUAUUCACUGAAGAAUCUGAAUUAUCUGCAAAGAGAGAAAUAAACUUUAAAUAUUUAUUAAAUCAUUAGGCCAUAUUUUAUUUAGAACUUGCCACCAAACUAUUUGAUUUUACUUGAAUUUCUGCCCAGGAGUAGAAGUAAUACGAAUGUGAAAUUGCCAGUAUUUGUCCCCAGUUGUCUUUUUGGUUUUUUUUGGUUUUUUUUUUUUUUUUUUUUUUUUUUUUUUCUUUUUUUUUUUCUUUUCCUGAAUAACACCACUUUUCUAAGAUUGUGAUAGCCUUAUCUAUGUCCCAAAAAGUUUGUAUGCAGCCCAAGUAAAACACUGUUUAGGGGGAUUAGAAACUUUUGUGUGCUGGUCCAUUCUCAAUCCCCGACAUGGACAGCAGCAGUCAGUGUGGUUUACUUUUCUAUAAUUGAAACCUAAUCAGACACUUGGCUUUCCUCUAGUCCAGCCAGGCUGCUGAUUAUUUUCUCCUUUCAGUAGAGACUGCCAAACAACUUCAUUCAAGGAGGCUCCCCCUGAGCUGGGAGCUGCUGUCUUUCCUAAGUGUAAGAUUUGACACUGUAAAUUCUUAAAUAAAAUAUUUUGCGCUCUGGAGCACUUUCACA